UCUCUAUAAAAUAUGGUUUUUUGCAUGAUUUCAUAAAUCUUAUGCGAUAUUAAAAGAUUGAAGGUGAAAAGAAUGUUGAGAUUACUGAGUGCACACCGCUUGUCAUAUUCUUUACCAAAUUAUAUUGUUGGAAAAUCAUCCAACACUAGAUUUGCACGAGCUGCAUCUGGGUCGGACAAAUCACAAACAUCAGAAAAAACAGACCAAGAUAAAGAUGCCAAAUCCGGGGCUAAUAAACCUUUAACUGGAGGAGGCUACGCCAAAAGGUCUGAUGAAGAAGGUUUUGGAGCAACAUAUGGGGGUAAUCAAUCCCUCUCCAAAGAUGAUGAGGAUAAAAUUGUUCAUGGAAACGUCCCUGAUGCUCAGCGUGGUCAAUCGUGCUAUGGAUGCCUUCAUGGUGAAUGGAUAUCCAUGUACCUAGACCAACAGGCUCAGAUCGGCGAUUCUUGCUCGCGUGCUCCGACUUAGCCUUGAAUUUAGACGUUAAUCGAAAUUUCUGACAAUGAGAGGUGAUGUCAGGAUGAAGGAAGUUCAUGAGGAUUCCAUUCAUGACAUUCUUCAUCAUUGUGUAGAUUUAAUAUCUAUAUGCAAUCUUAGCUUGAACAGUCCAGGCCGUGCAGAUAAUCGAUGUGUUGUAGAGUUCCUCAUCCUAAGAGAAGGCUUUCUACAACAUGCCAAUUUGAAUAUAAUGUUUUAGUUAACAUUAUCUAAAAAAUAAAAUUAAAUAAUAUUUUAUAUACCUCGAAUUUGGCAUAAUAUUUGUUUAUAGAGUUGGAUGAUAGCUUUUUCCAACUAGUGCCAUUAAGAUCAACCAACUCCUGGAAAUUUCAGGGGCGGAGCUACCUUAUAGGUUAGUGGGGCAAUUGUCCCUCCUAAUUUUUUUUUAGUAUAUGUAUAUAUGUAUAAUUAUAAAAAUAUGUAUAUUUUUGCCCCACCAAAAAUUUGAGGAAAAGGGGGCAAUCAUGUAUGAUUGGCAAAUGGACUUAACAAAACUUGAUUCCUCUUUUUUUUGGUCAUAUACCUUACAGAGAGAGAAGAUACAAAUAAAUAAAUAAAAGAUAAUAGGAAAGAGAAAUCGUGGUUAUCUUUUUCCACAAGUUUCCUUUUAUCAAAAGAAAAUAUGAAACGGUAUGCUCUUAUUAUAAAUUACCGUAUUUUUACUUUAGGUUAUGCUCUGUCUCUGUCUGUCUUCUACUGUAAUGAAAACGAAAAAAAAAAAAAAUAUUCAUCAACAAGUUGAGAAUUCUUUCAUCUUCACAAUCGAUUUUUCAACUUGAGGAUUACAAGGUAUACAAAAUCAACUACUUUCAAUACUUUUUUUUUGUUAUUAAAUAGUAUUGUUAAAUUUUUUAAUUAAUU